AUGUUUAGAGCAGCUAUAAUACUUUCUCAACAAUACAACAUAACAAUAGAUGGACAAUUCAUAGGAUGGCAAUUAGAAGAAACUAAUGGUAAUAUAAUCAAUGCACUUAGUAAAUCAUGUCAAGCUGUGUCUCGUUCAAAUAUUGUUGGUAUUGUUGGUCCAGGGUUAUCAAGAGAAGCUCAUUUAAUAGCUGAUUUUGGUAAAACCAUAGGUAUACCUGUUAUAUCGCCUAGUGUAACUGAUCCUGAUUUAUCUGAUCACAAUGCAUAUCCAAAUUUUUAUCGUAUAGUUCCUUCAGAUAAUUCAAGAGCAUUAGCAAUUGUAAAAUUAUUUCAUCUAUUCAAUUGGACAUCAUGUAUACUUAUCUAUCAAAAUGAUGCAUUUGGAUCUGGAGCAGCUAAACGAAUGGAUGAAGCAUUCAAUAAUAAUAAUUUAAUAAUUGAAAAAUUCAUAAUAUUUGAUAUUAAUAUACUUCGUAUUCGAGGUGAUUUAAAAACAUAUUUAACAAAUAGUGCAACUCGAAUUGUUAUUGUAUGGGUUCAAUCGAAUUAUGUAUCUAUUGUUUUAAAGACGGCUCUUCAAGCUGAUGUAUUGGGUCCAUUAUUUACAUGGAUAUUAAGUUCAAGUAUUUCAUUAGAUUCUUUUAAUAAAACAUAUCAUGAUAAAUUAUUGGGACUAUUUUCAAUUGAACCUGUUACAGCAAGUAUUGUUAAUGCAUCAAUUAAUACAACAUUAUUAAAAGCAGCAUAUAAGAUUUGGAAACAAUAUGAACCAGAAUCAUUUCCUAGAAAGGCAAAAGUAAAUUCCUAUUCAUUAUUUGCAUUUGAUGCAACAUGGUCAUUAAUUCUAUCAUUAGAAAAACUUUAUUCAACAAUAACAAAUAAUUCUUCUUCAUGUUUAUCAUUUGUCGGAUCUUCAUAUUGUUUUGAUCGUCGUUUUGUUCAUUCAGAUCUAUUAUUAAAUGCCCUUAGCACAAUAGAUUUUCUUGGUGUAUCUGGUCCUAUAAAAUUCAUUGUUAACGUAACAGAUCGAAUCAAUGGUUCUUAUUAUUAUGUACAAAAUGUUCAACAUUCUUCAAAUGGUUUAAGUUUGGUACCAGUAUUACAAUAUUCUGAUUCAAGUGAUUGGACAAUGUUUCAAGGAACAAGUGUUAUAAUUUGGCCAUACAAUUCAUUAGUAGCUCCGUCUGGUCGAGCAACACUUAAAGGUGUACAUUUACGAAUCGGUGUUAUCGAAUCAGCCCCAUUCACAAUACAACAAAAUGUUACUAGUAAAUCCGAAGAGAAAAAAGAACAUUUAAUUGGUUAUGUACCUGAUUUGAUUAAAUUGUUAGAAAAUCGAAUCGGAUUUAUUUCCGAUAUUCAAAUAGCACCAUCAAAUGUAAGAUAUAACGAUUUAAUUCAAGCAGUCGAAAAUGGUACUUAUGAUAUUGUCAUUGGUGAUGUAACAGUUACAGCUACACGAAGACAAUCAGUUGAUUUUUCUGAUGCGAUUUUUGAUAAUUCUUUAUCUAUUAUAAUGCGAAAAUCACCUGAUAUUCAUAUUGAUCUAUUAUCAUUCUUAAAUACGUUUUCAACUACUUUAUGGUUAUUAGUAUUAGGUUCUUUUAUUUAUGCUGGUUUAUUGAUUUGUCUUGUAGAAAGAAAUCAUAAUACAGCAUUAAAAGAUAGACCAAUACUAUCUCAACUAGGAAUGAGCAUUUGGUAUUCAUUUGGUAAUAUAGUUGGAUAUGGUGUUGAUUUUCAUGUUAGUACAUCUGCUGGACGUUUAGUAACUGCUGGUUUAUAUAUGUUAUGUUUAAUAUUAGUAGCGACAUUUACGGCAAAUUUAACAUCAGAUUUAACAAUAUCAAAAACCAAAGGUAUUGUGUCAGGAAUUGAUGAUAUCAAAAAAGGAAUAAUUCCACUUAAUCGUAUUGGUAUUCGUGAUGGCACAGCAAGUGAAGAUUAUUUUUUAAGAGAAAUAUCUGCUAAUAGUCGAAGUUUUUAUUCAGUACAAACUCAAAAUGAAUUGUAUGAUCGUUUACUUGAUGGCACUAUUGAUGCAGUUCUUUUUGAUACGAGUACGGCUGAAUAUAGUAUUAAUAAUAUUUAUUGUAAUUUAACUUUAAUUGGAGAUGGUUUUAAUAAAGGUGUUUUUGGUAUUGUUACUCCAAAAGAAUGGCUAUAUGGUAAAGAUUUAGAUGUUAAUAUUUUAUUAUUAAGAGAGUCAGGUGAACUUGAAAUGUUACGUAAAAAAUGGUUUCAAACAAACCAUUGUCCACAUUCAUAUGAAACAUCAACUUCAAAGACUGUUGAUUCAAUGCGUGGAUUAUUUUUAGUCUUUGCAAUAACUACUUUUCUAUCAUUAUUAUUAUUUAUAUGGUCAAACCGAUCUAUUUUCAAGAUCUAUCUAUCUGAAUGGUUAGAUCAAACGAAAUCGUUAUUCCAAAUUCGAAUACCUUUCAUAAAACAUUCAGGAGCACGUUAA